AUGGACAUAAUUGAAACGCUGCUCCCAUCAAAACCACCCCUUCCAUGGAGAACACGACUAGCCAUUUUGAUGAUCUCAAUCAUAUCAGACGUGACACGUCGUGCCAAUGGCACCUUCAACAGACGCCUCCUUAACUUCUUUGAUUUCAAGCUCCCUCCUUUCCCUAAUAUGUCCAUCUACUCUGUCUUUUCCUCUGAUAUCCCCAUGGACCCUUCCUGCAACCUCUGGUUCCGCCUUUACACCCCCACAAAUAGUGGGGUCAACGGUGGUGGUGGUGACUCUUCUCUGCCCGUGUUUGCACGUAAAGUUCAUGCUAUUGUCAUAUCUGUCAAUUACCGUCUUGCUCCUGAACACCGUUACCCUUCUCAAUACGACGAUGGAUUUGACGUCCUCUGGUUCCUCGACGAUAAUCGAGCCAAUGGGCUAUUGCCACCUAAUGCUGAUUUGUCCAAGUGUUUUUUGGUGGGAGAUAGCUCUGGGGCGAAUCUGGCUCAUAAUGUAACAGUUCGGGCUUGUAGGUCCAAGUUUCGGGUUCUUAACAUUAUCGGGUUGGUAUCGAUACAACCGUUUUUUGGUGGGCAAGAGAGAACAGGGUCCGAGAUUCAGUUAGCAGGAUGCCCAUUUGUGUCAUUGGAUCGGACUGAUUGGUGUUGGAAAGUGUUUUUACCCAAUGGGUCGAAUCGGGAUCAUCAUGCUGCAAAUGUGAGUGGACCGAACGCAGAGGAUAUUUCGGAUUGGCAAAUGAAGUACUACCGCUGGUUAAAGAGAUCCGGGAAAGAUGUUAGCUUAAUUGAGUAUCCAAACAUGUUCCAUGCAUUUUAUGCCUUUCCGGAUCUGUCCGAUUCCUCAAAUUUAUUCUCACAGAGGGUUUUGUGGUUUGGCUCCGGCCAAAGAGUGGAACAAUUGUUGACUGGGAAACUUCGGCUUUACAUACAGGACAUUGCUAUUGUGGCUGCUGAUCCUAGUUUUCAGCAGAGACGCUCUGGGAAUGAAGCCAUUUGUAUAUGCAGUGCCAGAAGUAAAGGUGACCACUGGAUCCUGCACAGAGUCUAG